AUGAUUCACCACUCGGCAACAUCCUCAGACGGCACCCCUGGAUCUGCCUCUAGACCUCUCCCUUCUCCCACCAGCGCCAAUGGCCAGGCCAAUGCAGCUCGUCGCCCGCCGCGCAAAAGCACCCUCACCCAACAGCAGAAGAACCAGAAGAGACAGAGGGCCACACAAGACCAAUUGACGACUCUGGAGAUGGAGUUCAACAAAAACCCAACUCCCACGGCUAGCGUCCGCGACAGGAUAGCCGAGGAGAUUAAUAUGACUGAGCGAUCUGUUCAGAUCUGGUUCCAGAACAGACGAGCUAAGAUUAAGAUGCUGGCUAAGAAGAGCCUCGAAACCGGUGAAGACAUUGACUCUAUCCCUGAAUCCAUGCGACAAUAUCUCGCGAUGCAGGCAAUGGAAUCAGGCAAGGGGUUUGCUGGGAGCUACAUGGGCCGCACUGGCCUGAUUCCCUUUGGCGGCGGCAACAUGCUCUUUGGCGGCGAUCAAAGCGCGCAGGGCAAAGUUUUGAUCCAUCAUCUUACUUGCCGCUCUCUGAGCAUCGGCAAGUGGACACGAGUUGGACAAAACACCAUGGAUCUCAUCAUCUUCUACUCGCCGGACAAGUGCACCAUGACUUACUACAUCAACAACGAGCAAGCUGGAUACAAAAUCGAGUAUCCCUUCUCUCAUAUCAAGAACAUUUGGCUUGAGAACGCGGACAAUGACAUGAACAAGCUGGCUGGCAUCUUCAUUGAGCUUAACCAGCCGCCUUAUUUCAUGAUGGAUGCAACUUCAUCAACAACGGGGUUUGAUUAUGUCAGUGAUUUUACUGAGGACCAACAGGCGUCUCAGUGCUUGCUUCACCACCUUGGAGGCAACCCCAAGGUCUUGGCCAACCAAUUGGCCAAGUUGGUGUCCCUGGAGUCUUUCAUGAACCGCCAUAACCCUCACAUGCGACAGGUUCAUCCAUUUGCUGAUCCCCAAGCAAUCUCUGCUUCGGCGCCUGUAUCUCCCACAUUAGCUCGACCCUCGUCACAGCCGAGCUUCGGCGCACCGCCUAUGGCCAUGGCUCAGCAGCAAUGGGGCAUGGCUAACAUGCACUCUGCCGCUGGUAUGAGGCCCCAGGGCCACAAGCGACAGCGCAGCCGCUCUGUUCCAGGACCUAUUGACUUCGCCAUGUUUCAAAACCAGCCCAUGCCGUCUUUCUAUAUUCAACCUCCUGGGGAUAUGGGCGCUCAGCACAAUCCUAACAUUUACGCUCCGGUGCCACAACAGCCCAACGCUGCCCACAACUUGAGGAUUGAUACACAAGCCGGCUUUGGUUUGGAUAUGCGGCAAUACCCCAUGUCGGCAACAACUGCCUCGCCAUCUGAGUUCCCUCCAAGCCCAGGCUUCUUCACCCCUGGCCCUGAGGCUGGCGGCCCCCUAGCUCCAUCAAACUACAGUACUCCAUAUGGUAACGCGUUCUUGUCACCAAUGGUUAGCGCUGAAGCCAACAUGCCCACAGCCAUAUCUCCGCUGCCCUUCAAUGGCCCUACUGAGCCCUCAAUUGUCGAGCACUCUCCUCCCAUGUCCAUGAUGGGCCGCCCUGGCUCCUCAGAAAUGUACAUGGGCCAAGAUGGCUCAUGUGCUGUGUCGGAUGACGGUGUUAGCUUGAAUGAGAUGUACUCCAAACACUCAAUCAACAUGCCCCCGAUGCACGAGUCAAUGCACGAACAAUUGCAUGAGCAAAUGCACGAGCCUUCACCAGGAAGCUAUGCGCAGCAUUCACAAGGAGAUAUUGAUAUGGACCAGCUGGUUCAUUUCGAUGCUGUUGAUCCAUCCAGUCUAUCACCAGAAGCGAUGCAGUCCAUGCCUCGGUAA